CGAAAGGAAUGGAUUGCAAGACUUGCCCAAACCGUAAAAUCCCAUCAAUGAUCACCAAUCAUAGGGGACCCAGACGAGAUCUUUAAGCGGAAAGGUUAUGAAAUUUUCUGCAGCAAGUGGAAGCUGAAGGAAUGAAAUGACCCUUUCAAGCCGGCAAAAUCAGCUUCUUGAAGAGGGUUGAAACAAGGUUCCGAAAGCAUUUUUUAGAGACCAAUUUCUUCUUCCUUGCACGACACAUCCUCCGAAGGUUCUCUCAGAGAGUAGGGCACUCGCCUUGUACCUCGCCUUUAACAGAUACAACAGAAUAUGCUUCUUUGUCUCUCAGCAAAUUCAGCACCCACCAUACAUACCUUUUCUCAUUGAAACAGCUCGACUCAAACUUUAGAUCAUUCUUUGGUGCAACGAUGGGAAAUUGCCUGACUCUCUCGUCGACGACCGGUUCCCAAAGAAAAGGCGCUCCUCCCAUCGAGACCGCUUUCAAGUUUCCUUCACCAUUGCCAGCUUGGCCACCUGGCACAGGUUUUGCACUUGGUACUAUCGACCUGGGAGGGCUAGUGGUGUCCCAAGUAUCAUCUCUGAGCAAAGUUUGGGCUGCUCAUGAGGGAGGGCCAGACAAUCUCGGGGCGACAUUCUUCGAACCUUCGAAACUACAAGAGGGAUUCUUCAUGCUUGCUUGUUAUGGACAAGCUAAUAACAAGCUUCUUAAUGGAUGGGUUCUUGCAGGGAAGGACGGUUCAUGUGGGGCUCUUCAGAAGCCAAUAGAUUAUACUUUGGUUUGGAGCAGCGAAUCCUUGAAAAUCAAGCGAGACGGGGAUGGCUACAUCUGGCUUCCCGUGGCCCCCGAAGGUUAUAAAGCCGUGGGACAUGUGGUCACGAGGUCACCAGAGAAGCCGCCCCUUGACAAAGUCCGAUGCGUUCGAUCGGACUUCACCGACCAUUGCGAGACGGAUUCAUGGAUCUGGGGGCCUGGCGAGUCGAGCGAUGCGAGCAGUUUCAAUGUGUAUGGCUUGAGACCGGAAACUAGAGGAACACAAGCUUUGGGCGUAUCUGUUGGUACUUUCAUUGCCCAAAAUGGUGAUGAUGAUUCCCCUCUUGCUCUAUCAUGUUUGAAGAACAACAACCCCAAUCAUACAUCCUCUAUGCCUAACAUUAGCCAAAUUCAGGCACUGUUUCAAGCUUACUCUCCGUUUGUGUACUUCCAUCCCGACGAAACCUACUUGCCAUCUUCAGUCAGCUGGUUUUUCAGCAACGGGGCUCUGUUAUACAAAAAGGGCGAUGAGUCUAACCCUGUUGCAGUCGAACCCAACGGCUCAAACCUCCCACAAGGCGGCUCAAACGAUGGUGCCUACUGGCUGGACCUCCCAGAGGACCAAGCAGCCAAAGAGAGGGUGAAGAAAGGAGACUUACAGAGCUUCCAAGCUUAUGCACACGUUAAACCAAUGUAUGGCGCGACUUUCACGGACAUAGCGCUAUGGCUGUUCUACCCUUUCAACGGCCCGGCUAGGGCAAAGGUCGAGUUGAUCACUAUCCCAUUAGGGAAGAUAGGUGAACAUGUCGGUGACUGGGAGCACGUGACCUUGAGGAUCAGCAAUUUCACGGGUGAGCUGUGGGAGGUCUAUUUCUCACAGCACAGCCAUGGAACAUGGGUCAAUGCUUCAGAGCUGGAGUUCCAGAGCGGGAACAGAUUUGUGGCCUAUGCUUCCUUGAAUGGUCAUGCUUCGUACCCAAAGCCGGGGCUAGUUUUGCAGGGCAGUGGAGGAAUCGGGAUCAGGAACGACACAGCCAAGAGCAAAAUGGUCGUGGACACGGGAGUUGCGCACUCACUAAUUGCAGCCGACUAUCCGAGCGCAUCUAUAAGUUUGCUGCCAUGGGUCAACUAUCUAAGGGAAUGGGGUCCUAAGAUUGCUUAUGAUACUGCAGUGGAGUUAAAGAAGGUGGAGCAACUAUUGCCCGGAAAGCUUAAAUCGGCAUUCGAUCAUUUGGUGAAGAGUCUGCCAAGCGAGGUGUUGGGGGAGGAAGGGCCUACAGGUCCUAAAGCUAAGAGCAACUGGGGUGGUGAUGAAGUUUGAGGAUUAACCUGACUGCAGCUCACAUAGAAAGGAUCGAGGCAGAUGCAUAAGUUUUUUAUGGCAAAUUUCCGCCGCAAGUAUAAAUUUUAAAGCACAUAUUGUUCUUAUCCAGUCGAUACCUGUGGCACACUCGAGUUAUUCACCCAUUUGUUAAUAGAUUGCAAGUUAUUUUAGCACAA